CCUCACCGAUGCACCGACGAUUAUGUUUGCAGCUUUACCCCGUCGAUGAGCCCACCACCUAAUAAUAACUUCAUAAAAAGGUUCAAUUCAAACCCGAUAUGUCCACUAAUAGAGAAGGGGUAAACCCUUUACGACCGUAUUAUAUACCUCCAUCCAUAGGAGAACAAGUUACCAGCCUCCCCUCACAACCAAAUCCUUUCUCCCACGAAAAUGCGACAACAUCAACACCAAAUAAAUAUGCGUCGAGGGCGCGGGACAUAUUCUCCGAUAUAGACUACAAGGACCACUUAGAUGAUAUAUCACCGUCGACCAUACAGUCUAUUAAAUCAUUGAUCGACGAGUUAUUAUGGAAAUACACUUCGGUCAUGAUGGCCCAGCCCUUCGAGGUGGCUAAGACGGUCUUGCAAGUGAGAAUUCAAGAUGAUUUAGGAGGGUUGAAUACUUCGGCUUCCACCACCACCACUACCGCUGCUGCGAAGCCUAGUCCGAGUAUUGUUAGCCCAAAGAACCCUUGGUUUGACGAGGGUGCCGAAUCCGACUCCGAUCCGGAGGAAGCGGCCUACUUUACUUCUAACAUACCGAACACUCCGACGCCGUCCACGAGGUCACAUAAGAGGAGAGGCUCGUCGCCGACAGACACGGCGAGGAUACCUUCUAAACCUAUAAUACUCCCACAUCAACUUUCUUUAAAACGGCCAGACUCCAUAUUUGACGUGAUAUCACAAUUAUGGUCUAAAGAGUCGGCGUGGGGUAUUUGGAAGGGAACCAAUGCCACAUUUCUAUACACAGUGCUGCAGUCACUGUUUGAAAAUUGGUCGCGUAGUCUUCUGAGUGCGCUGUUAAAUGUCCCGGAUCUGGGUUUAAAGGAUGACGUCGAUAGGCUGAUCGACAUUGCCUCUCCAUAUCCCUGGGCCUCGCUAUGCGUCGCUGCCGCUGCCGCAGUUGCGACUGGCCUUAUUUUAGCUCCGCUCGACCUCGUUCGGACACGAUUAAUUAUCACAUCCACGGGGCGUGGCCCACGUCGGACUCUUGCGUCUCUACGAUCGCUGCCGUCCUGGUUUUGCGCACCUUCCCUCAUUGUGCCCACCAUCCUUAACUCUCUAGUUCACCCAUUCCUCACCUUAUCGACGCCUCUCGUUCUCCGCUCGCAAUUCUUGAUUGAUCGCGAGCUAUCCCCAAUGACCUUCUCGGUCGCCAAAUUUUGCACCUCUUGUGCCUCUUUAUUCGUUAAGCUACCCCUAGAAACCAUUCUCCGCCGAGGCCAGGUAGCCGUGCUCUCGGAACCCCUUUACCUGCAGUCACUCGAUGAGAAUGGAACUAUGGAUACCAUUGUACAGCCUGGGCCGUAUAAGGGUGUACUCGGGACAAUGUACACCAUCGUCGCCGAAGAAGGUUCGCGCGCCGUUUUCGCCGUGCCGAGUAAGUCUCCGCGCGGCAGAAAGGCGAAGCAACCCAAGACUACGGCAGAGGUGGUGUACAGAAAAGGUCAAGGUUUUGAAGGUUUAUGGAGAGGAUGGAAAGUCAGUUGGUGGGGUCUAGUAGGAUUAUGGACAGCAGGUGUGGCAGGUGGUGGUGGUGAGGGCGAAUUUUGAACAUCUUCCCCCAAUCCACUUAACUCCGUUAUCUAGUAAAGGUUGGCAGUGAAAAGACGAGACGAACGGAGUUCAGGUGUUGAUAUUGAUUUGUGGCGCCCUCUGUGGCUGGCUAUUCCCUACUCAGCAUGGAAUUUAUGUACGAAGAAAAAAGCAGAUCAAGAUCAAGAUCACUUCAUGAGAUACGGCAUGAUAUCCCCCUUAUUCGUAUUGUACGGACCAGAUUCCACUCAGGUGGACCUGUACAUAUUCUGGAAAAAGUUUAUAGAUUUUGAUUAAUUUCAGUCUACUCUCAACUUCA